CCCCAAGAUACGCAAGCAAUAUCAUCACCUUCUACCGCAGAGAUGGAUGAUAUCGCCUCGAGCAGCGACGCGCAUACGCGCGCACCACACAGAGAAACUCGUUCUCCAGCAGAACUAGAUCUUGCCACACGAGGCUGGAUUGCUGGUACAGUGACUUCUGCAUCUGCCAUCACCGACCCCGGUCAUCAAUUCUUCGUCCAUUCCUGUAACAAGGAAGGAUUCAAGUACAAGUACCCCGAGGCUGCACCGACUCCGGAUGGAGAGGACGAUGUGGUAUGGAAUAAAACCUAUACAGCUGCCGACUCUCGCAUGUAUAACAAGAAUGGCAAAGAUGCAAAUCAAUCGAGGAAGUUCCGCCUUUCGAAGGAAACAUACACUCUUAGUCUCAAGGUUCACUUGGAGAACAAACAGAAGUAUGCGAACAAGCAUCCCGUUAAUACCCUAGCGGCCGCCGACCCGCAGGUGUCCAAGGCUGUCGCCAAACCCAAGGCUGUUUCGACAAAGAUCGGUGAAUCCGCUUCGAAAGCAACAACCUCAGAUCCACAAAGCAAGAUGGCGGACAACAAUGAUCAUAAUUCCAUGAGCAUCCCGGAGAAGAUCAAGAGCGAUGGUCGAAUCAGAAAGCCAUCGUCGAACGCUGCAUUCUCUAUGCAAAGCUCCCCCGGUCCUUCAACUGGUCACACCAUGGCAAGCCCCCUAGUCAACACAGGCAGCCCCGCACCUGCAAAGAUCGAGAAGCCAGCUGCUAAGAAGAAGGGCACUGCUGCUGUUGUCAAGAAGGCAGCUCCUAAGAAAGCCGCACCAGAAGCUGGCACGUCCAAGGUUAGUGUUGGUGCACAAAGCUCCGCCACAAAGCCUCCCUCUGCCGACGACUCUGAUAGCAACGAUGGUGGCGAAUAUUGCAUCUGUCGUGGACCCGAUGAUCACCGUAUGAUGGUUUUCUGCGAUGGAGGCUGUCAGGAUUGGUACCAUUGCUCAUGCCUCCAGAUCGACGAGGACGAUGCUUUGGGAUUGCUCGACAAAUUCAUCUGCCCAAAUUGCAAGACCGACACACUCUUCACUACAUGGAAGCGUAUGUGCCGUUACGUUAAUGUCGACAAGACUCACCGCAAGGCAGCCAACGUGAAGGAUGGCAGCAAGUAUUGCAGUAAAGAGUGCUGUGACAAGUUCAUCGAGUAUGUUGCAAGUCUGGUCCGCAAGGAUGACGCCCCAUCUAUGGGAGGUGCUCUCAAUCAGAAGGAAGUUGCUAUGCUUCUCGGAUCCGUUAAGAAUGCAGCCGAGUUCCAUGCUCUUGGCAAGAAGCCUCGACUCCCUGUCAAGGAAGGUGCUGAUCCCAAUCGUCCAGUUGGUCUCGACUAUGUCACUCCCGAUGAAGAGGCUGAGCUCGCAACAAUCCAGGCAAAGAAGGACGACAUCAAAGGACAAAUCGAAGGCUUCGGCAAUCAAUUGAGGCUUCUCAUGAUGAUCAAUGAGCGUGCAAAGGUCGCUGCUAAGCAUUUAAACCUCGAGGUCAAGGAGUUCUGCGGUUACGACAAUCGUCUUGCCAUGAAUGAUGCCGAAUUUGCACGCUGGGUGAGCACGGAGGAGGGCAAGAAGGCCUUUGAGACCAAUAAGUUGGGUCCUCGCACCACGGAGACUCAAAGCAUUGCUCAAGUUCUUCCAUACCCUGGCCAACCCAUCCCGGUUCCUGCUGAGACUUCAGAUGUCCUUAACAACAUCUGCGUCAAGAAGACCAAGAAGUGCAAGCAUAAUGGUUGGCGUGAGAUGCAUAACCAAGAUUUUAUGCAAUCUCAAAACAAUCUCAAGCUCGACUUGUCGAAGUUGGAGGAACGUGAGAAGGAGAUUAUCGAGGAUGCAGAGACUAGAGAGGCGACGAAGGAGUAUUACGCUCAUAAUGUCACCACUCAACUCUUCUAAUCGGUUUCUACAAGACUACGAUGGCGUUAUCAGGGAACAUUUGAGCAUUUGAGCGGCUGCAUGACGGUCAUGGAUGGCGUUGUUUUAUUGCAUUGGGGCGGUUUGCUUCAGCGUCACAUAUGGAGUUCAGGUAAAUACCCGAGGUCUCGAUGGACAUAACUUGCUUUACGGAUGGUCUAACAAUGAAAUCGUUGC